UUUUGAGAAAAAAGAACACGUGAUAAUUUUAUAUAUCCACCCUCUAAAAAAUAAAUAAAAUGGCCUUGUAAUAGGUAUAUGUGAUACCAGCGACAGAUCCCAUUAUGUUGCCCUGGCAGACACAAUAUUGUUGUUUACUCAGUCAUGCAGGACUCAUUACAUUCACCAAAUAGUUUAGUUACCUUCACAUAGAUGUCAACUUGCGCUCGACAUUUCCACCUCACCUGAGCAAGAUGUCGCCAAAUUCAGGAGAUGUGCAGCGGGGAAACUGGAAAAAUUGGUGGGAAUUCCUGUUUUCUUCUGUUGGAUGUCUUGUUGGCCUAGGGAACAUCUGGAGAUUUCCGUACAUCUGUUUCAGAAAUGGUGGAGGUGCCUUCUUGUUGCCGUAUUUCAUAUUCAUGUUUCUAUGUGCAAUGCCGAUGAUGUUCCUUGAAAUGACGGUUUCACAGUAUUCGAACCUCGGACCUGGCAGAGUUUGGGUUUGUUGUCCAUUGUUCAAAGGAAUCGGGUACGGGAUGAUAGUAUUGACGGGUAUAGUAAGUAUCUACUACAACGUAAUUCUGGCAUGGACAUUGUACUAUUUCGGAAUGUCUUUUUCCUCCGAUCUUCCAUGGACUCGAUGCGACAAGGAAUGGAAUACUGAUACUUGCAUCAUACGUGGAAUGAACUACACACCAGCGCUGUUCAGAAAUAACUUUACAGAGAAGAAAAAUGUUAGUUUUGAGGCCGUAACUUUUCAUCAACAUACAUCUGCAGAGGAAUUUUGGGAGAGAAAUGUCUUGGACAUGUCUGAGGGGAUUGACAGUCCCGGACACAUCCGGUGGCAACUUCUACUUUGCCUGUUGGCUGCAUGGUUUGCCGUAUUUUUAUGUUUAUUCAAAGGAAUUAAGACUUCAGGAAAAGUCGUGUACGUCGCAGCCACCGUUCCGUAUCUUUUCCUUUUGGUCCUACUUAUUCGAGGUCUGGUAUUCAACAUCGAUGGAGCAAUCAAGGGCUUGAAAGUAUUUCUAAUACCACGUAUGGAGGAUUUGCUGAAAUUCGAUGUAUGGUGUGACGCCGCUGUCCAGAUGUUUUACUCGGCAGGGCUAGGCUGGGGAGGUAUACCCACACUAGCAAGCUAUAAUUCAUUUAACAACAACGUAUUCAGAGACGCAAUGAUUUUACCUAUUGUUGAUGUUAUCACAAGCAUUUUUGCCGGGUGCGUCGUUUUUGUGACGCUAGGAUUUAUGGCGGAAGAAGCCGGUGUCCCCAUAGAGAAUGUCGUUGACAGCGGACCAGGGAUCGCCUUUGUUGUGUACCCCGAGGCAGUUUCUAAGCUUCCUCUUCCCCAGCUAUGGGCAGUUCUAUUUUUUCUCAUGCUUUUUACUGUGGGUCUUGACAGCCAGAUGGUUCACGUUCAAACCCUGACAGGCGCCCUUCUGGACAAUUUCCCCAAAGCUUUACACAAAUGGAAAACUGCGUUAACGGGUAUAUUAUGUUUGCUUGGAUUUUUACUCGGAAUUCCAUGUAUUACACAGGGAGGUAUCUAUGUACUAACGUUAAUAGACUGGUACUGCGCAAGUGUGUCCGUCAUGCUCUUAACCUUCUUGGAAGUAGUGGCAUUAGCUUGGUUUUAUGGAGUGAGGCGAAUUUACGAAGAUUUGGAAAUUAUGAUUGGACACAGACCUAGUGGGUUGUGGCACGUUAUGUGGCGCUUCGUGACUCCGAUAGUUAUCCUGAUAAUUUGGCUGGUCAGCUUGAGUCGGUACUCGGAGGUAGAAUAUGGGACUUACAGGUACCCAUCACAUGCUGUUGGGAUCGGGUGGAUGAUCGCCAUACUGUCGUUAAUCCUGAUACCAGCUGGUAUGAUAUCAUCCAUCUCGAAGACAGCUGAUGCCUCAACACCCCUCAUAGAGCGACUUCGGGUUUCUGUUCAGCCAACAGACGAGUGGAAGCCAGCCAUUCGUCCCCCACCAGGGGAUGUAGAGAUGAGCAAAACUCUGAUCUUCAAUGGCAUGACCUUAUAAACCGAUAAAGGAGCUCAAGACAAGACAUGAAUUUGUAAUUUGCGAAGACAAAGCUGACAUCGACAUAAAAUAAUGACCCAUACAUAUUUUUUU